AGUUUUGUUCGAUGGCCAAACGGGACAGAACGUGUUUUCCUCGCAGGAAAAAAUAAUUUUAAAUAAUUUAAUUAGACAAAAAUAAUCAUAAAUAAUAAAAUAUCCAUUAGCCCUUAUCUUCAUCUUACCCGUUACGAAACCCAAUCUUCAGCUGGACCUAAGUGGAUGACCAGCAGCAGCUGAUUCAAGAAAUGCCCAGAAAAACUUACUGGGAACCGAGGAAAUUUAAAUAUAUCAAAUAAGUAAAUAUUCUUGCUGACUUGCAUUGGGAAUAAUCAGAGAUCCGGAAAGCCAAAGUUAAAUAGGGCAUUAAGAGCAUUGCGUGGCACGUUUGGACUUUCGGCGAUAAGCCCCUUCGACGAUAAGCUUUAUCAUCAUCCAAGAGCCAAUUCGAUAAUCAUAGACCCCUGAGCAUAAGUCAAUAUUCAAAGUGGAUCAUGGCAACCCAAAGUAAACUGGCCGAGAUAGCCUUGAACUGCACCUGUUUUGAGUAUCACCACCCAUGGACCAAGAGCUGUGCCUGUGCGGCGGCGGGCAUGAUGCUCUCCGAGAUCCCUCCCAGUCUGCGCACCUACGCCACUGUUUACGUGUUGGCUCUGAUCAUGAGAGGACGCGUUCCUUCGCUGAAGGAUCUCAAACGCACAGGAGCUGGUAUCCUGCAGUCGACAGCGUUUCUUUCCAUGAAUGGUGGCCUCUUCGUGUUCGCCGUCUGCCAAUUGCGUAGGCUCUUGGGUGGAUUCUACUUCAGCACAGUGGCAUGGUUGCCCUCAUUCUUGGCCAGCUUUGCCUGCCUUGCCUUCGAACGUCCAGAGCGACGUGCUCCACUGGCCUUGUAUGUGGCCAAUGUGGGCAUAGAGACGCUCUGGAAGAUGUUGGAGGCCAGAGGUCUAGUACGAUCCAUUCCCAAUGGACAGGUACUCAUCAUGGGCCUUAGUGUCACAUCGUUGAUGUAUCUUUAUCGGACAGGACUACACAAAACAGUGGCCAAAGAUCCGACCUUCAAGGCUUUGGGUCUGAUCCUCGGUAAGGAGGAGGAGGGUCCGUUGAAGUCACCGGUGGUGACUACUUCGCAGAGCUCUCGAACGGCUCCCAUCAACUUCCGAUGCAUUUCGUCGUAUGUGCAGCUCUAUGAUCGUCUUCUGAAGGCCAAACAUCCGAGUUGUCCACAUAAACAGGGCUGUGUACCAAAUGCUGUUAUCGGAGGAUUGAAACCCUUCCUUGGGGGUGUGGGCCUGUCGGUGGGCCUCAAGCUGCUGCUCAACAUUCCGAAGAUCUUCCAGUUCAGGAUGCAGUGGCGCAAGCAGAUUUUCAAUAAGGGAUCGCUACAAUUGGGACUGGCGCUGGGCAUCUUCUCACUGCUUUUCAAGACAACUUCCUGUGGUCUAAGGCACACCUUUGGAUUUGACGAUGCUCUCUUUGCCAUUCCGGCUGGCUUGAUUGGAUCCGUGGGUCUUCUGCGAUUCCCCAACACCACAGUGGCCUGUUAUCUGAUGUGGAAAGCCCUACAACUCUUCUACAACUGGGGCAUCGCGGAGGGAAAACUACCCGAGGUGCCGCACUUCUCGAUGCUCAUGUACGGAUUCUUCACGGCCGUGCUCUUCCACUCUGCAAUUCUGGAGGCUCGUUCUCUGCGUCCCAGUUACUACAAGUUCCUCAUGGGCAUCUCGGGCAAUCGCAUCAGUCGCUUCAAUGUAAAACCCUUCGAGGCCUAUGGACUGAAGAGCCAAGAUCAGAUCAACUAUGUGAUCAAGAAACUGGGCAUUGACAUGACCUCACCCUUCCCUCUUGUAGCCCUGACUGUCUAGAUUGUUUAUGACUUUGCUUCACUGUACCAUAAAAAAAACCAAAAAAUACAAUAAAUGUAGAACACAACAAUGCAGCAAAACUUUAAAUUA